AUGUCCCUUGCUUGUGGCCCCGAGCAGUUCGCGGUGCUGCCGACCUUGGCUGUUUCAGGCGCUGUGGUGGUGGCCACCGUCGCCUACCGCACCUCGGUCUCUUCCCGCGGGGGCCGCGAGCGCGAGUGGCGAAAGCGUCGGGCCGGAGAGCUCCUGGGCGAGGAGACGAAUGCAGUCGAACCCAAAGCGGUCGGCCGCAGCCGUGCGCCGCAGGAGAAGCAGAAGGACAGGGAGAGCAGCUCGCAGCUCUCCGCCCGAAGCGCUGCACGCGCCGUCCACGAGGAUCGCGUCGUGCUCAUUGACAGGGAGGGCUACCUGGCGGCGCGUGCGCACCUUCGCCUCGCCACUUCCUGCCUGGCGGGCGCCAGCAUUGCCGCAGCAGCCCAGCCUGGCGGGUCCGACAUGAUCUUCGCGCUGAGCCGCUUCAUUCUCCUUCUGCUUUUGGUAUGGGAGGCCUUCCAGAGUGCAGCAGGUCGGAUCGGCUCCUGCUUGGGCUUGCUCAGCAUUGAGCGCCAGCGCCUCGCGCCAUCUGCGCCUUUGCUCGGGGCGGUGAAGCGCCGCCCGGGCGCCGGGGAGUCGCUUCUCUCGGGCCUCGGGCCGGCCUCGGCGUCGCAGCAGAGCUUGGAGCGCCUCCGCCUCGCCGCGUUGCACUGCCUGGCGCUGGGGCUCCUGAUCUGGUUCGAGGUCUUCCGCCAUCCGGAGCUCAAAAGCGCGGCUUGCGAGGGCCACGAGGCCUCCGCAGCAGCGCUGAUAACGGAGAGGGCCUCAGCGCUGACAAUGGUCGUGGCCUGGCUCUUUGCAGCCCUGACGCGCGCGGCAGCCUGGCGCUGUGAGGCCUGCGUGUGGCUUGCUCCGCGCGCGGAGGAGUUGCUGUCAGAGUACCUCGACAGUGACCGGGGCUGCCCUAUGGCCGGCCGGGGCCUGGAUUUGGCGGAGGCUCUCUGCGCAGAGCCUCGUGUGGCAGACUCCUGGCUCCGCGAAUUUGCCGCCCUAUCACUCCUCGUCAUGGACGGCUCUUCCGAGGUUCGCCCCUCGGGUUCUCCGAUGCCCGGCGCGGAGAUCUACGAGCUCUCCGAGCUGCAGCGCGAUGUCCAGGUGGAGCUGCAGCGCUUCAGCGAUGCAACCGAGGCUCGCUUCGAGGAACUCCUCGCGUCCACGGAGGCACUCUGCCAACGUGCCGAGAGCACACCGAAGCCCAACGAUGGCGUGGCGAAAGUGCGGCGCAAGACCUCCAAGGGCAGCCGGGAGCAGCUGCUGAAGACGAAACUCGACUGUGCCAGGGGCCCAGCCAUUCCGGAGACCUCGGAGUCACGCGGCAAGCCGAGCGAUUCAGGCUCCUCGUCAGAAGCUCCCAACCGUGAGCGUGCAGACGUGGAUCGAAUCCAGGCGGACUUUGCAGCCUCCCGAGGCUCCCUGGCACAGCUCCUGGAGCAGGCGUUGAAGUACGAGACGGCAAAACAGUUGCAGCAGCCACAGGAGGAGCCGCCCACGCUUGGGCAGAAGCCAUCGGCGCUUUCCGAACUGCGGUCAGAUGUCACAGCGCGUGCACUGUCACAGGGAGUUCAAAGAGAAACUCCGCGUUCACAAUCUCCGAUACUCGCCGAGCAGCCGAAGGAGCCGACGGGCUCCAGCAUUCGCUCAGAGUCGCAAGGCCCGAGCCGGUUUAGGGCCUUUCGGGUCCGUCGAGGGCUGCCUUGUCUAGGCGUCGAGACCGGAAGAGCAAUCUUUACCGUCGGACCCGAGCCUGUUGACUGCCGAAAUGUCCGAAAGCACCUGUCUUGCCUAGAAUACGCGCUCUUAAGGGGGGGCGUCAGGCCUCUAUAA